CUCACCUCUACGCUGACUCAGACACUGCACAACGCUGCACUGCAUUACACUGCACCACACUGCACCACACUGCACCACACUUCACUACACCGCACCGUACUACCACUACACCACACUACACUGCCAUUGCUGCACCUGCUUUUAGCUGGUGUUCACGCUCGCGCCUACCCAUGUGCUGACCUUUCCAGAACUCUAGAGAGCAUGCCGGUUCCGACAAGGCCGGGUGCUCGCCCACGCCCCCCCCGACUUGAGAGCCUCAAUCGGCCACUGAGACCUGGCACUUCCACCGAAAAACCUGCUACGUCCUCGUCCAAGAGCCCCCCCCUGCCGCCCAGGAAAGUACCUCCACCUGCCACCUGCUGCGACGAGCCUAACAUUGUCGACGAUGGAAGCUCGCGCCUCUGCUACAACUGCGGUGAGGUCGUGGGCGACAAUGACAUUGUUGCUGAAGUCACUUUUGGUGAGAACUCUGCUGGCGCCGCUGUCGUCCAAGGCGGCUUCAUUGGAGACAACCAACGCUAUGCGAACACCAUGGGAGGCGCCGUGCGCGGGCUCGACACAAUGCAGAGCCGCGAGAUUGCCGAAAGAAUGGGUCGGAAUGAGAUCCAGAAGCUCUGCGGCGUCCUUAACCUCCAGCAGGGUAUCGCCGACCAAGCCCUCGCUAUAUACAAGCUCGCAUACAACCACGCCUUCAUCAAAGGCCGCCGCAUUCGCAAUGUCGCUGCAGUCGCCAUCUACCUCAUCUGCAGGAAGCGCCAGCAUAACACCGUCUUGCUCAUGGACUUUGCCGAAAAGAUCCAGGUCAACGUCUGGACUCUCGGGGACACUUACAAACAGCUCUUGUCGGUGCUGAUGAUUGAGAACCCCAAUAUCCACAAUACCAUGGCUGUCCAAGAGAUUGAGCCUCUGAUGCUCAAGUUCUGUCAGAAACUUGAGUUUGGAACCGACUCACAUCGAGUCGCCCAAGACGCUGCCGCCAUCCUGAAGCGCAUGAACCGAGACUGGAUGGUCCAGGGACGAUCGCCAGCCGGCCUUUGUGGUGCCUGCAUCAUCCUCGCUGCGCGCAUGAACAACUUCCGACGCACCGUUCGAGAAGUGGUAUAUGUGGUUAGGGUCGCCGACACCACCAUCACACAGCGUCUACUUGAAUUCAAGCGGACACAGAGCUCUGCGUUGACAGUCAGCCAAUUUCGGGAGGUCGGACAGAAACUGAAAGUCAAGACUCUACCUCCUGCCAUCUACAAGCGCAAGGAGAGAGAGGAACGAUUAGCCAAGCGCAAACGCAAGCUGUCGCAACUCAAUGGUGAAGAAGAAGAGGAAGCCCUUGGAGAACAAUCGACCUCAGGAUCCAGCGCCCAGAUAUCUUCCCGACCUCCCAAGUUGCAGAAAGUCACCAAUGGCAGUGCCCAGACGCCCUCUCCCCCGGUUGGGACACAGCCAGAAACAGCCAAACCUCGCGGCAACGAAGAUGAAUCCAGCACUCUAGAUGCAUCUGCUGCUCAAGUUCUAGCCAACCCCGACGACGUUGAUCAUGUGGAAGUCUUAGUCGAGAUGGCAGAGGAAGACGAGUACAUAGCACCGCCCAAACGACGGGGCCGCCCGCCAAAAAAUCGCAAUCCCAUUAUCAUCCCCGAAGAAGACCUCGAAAUCGAACAAGAAAUCGAAGACGAAAUCUACGAACGUCUUGAAGAAUGGGAAGAAGCAUUCAAAUCCUUCGAAGACAAUGACAACCACCCUCUCCUCGUCAAAGCCCGCAACACCGCCCGAUCCCUCGCCACUCAGCACCAGCCUAACGCUGGAAUCAACACCUCUGAAGACAUUGGUGAGGACGAAUUCGAAGACGACCCGGACGUCGCCCACUGCCUACUUUCGGAACAGGAAAGGGUCAUCGCAGAACGUGUGUGGGUGACAGAAAACAUCGAGUGGCUGCGCGACCAGCAAAAAAAAAUGCUCCAGAAAGCCCUUGAGGAAGCGUCUGGCAAGCCGAAGAAGAAAUCCCGGAGAAAACACCACCAAAUGGGUGAUGGAAGCUUGCUUGCUGGACGUCCCGCUGCAAGCGCUGCGGAUGCGGUCAAACAAAUGCUAGAGCGACGUGCAAAGAAUACGUUCUCUGAGUUUAUUAAUUAUGACAGGUUGUAUGAAGUGGAUCCUCGUGCGAGGAGGGAGUCGCAGCAGGAUGAGUCACCAAAGGAGACUGAGAAAGCGCAGUCAGAGUGGACGCAAGUGGAUACGCCGGACAAUUGGGAAGAGGAUAGGGAAGGGGAAGAUGAAGUGGUGGUGGAGGAGGAGGAGGAGGAGGAGGAGGUUGAGCAGUUUGAGGAGGAGGGUCAGUAUUAUGAGGAGGAAGAGGGGUUUGGGGGUGGGGAUGAGGGUGACUUUUAUGAUGACUAG